AUGUCUCCAUUGGCCUGUCCGGACAGAGGGCAGGAGAAGGGACAACUUUUUCAGGGGCAUAGCAUUUUGCGACGUACCCAUCACACGCGGGUGGCCGAUCAGAACGACGAACGCAGGCUACCGUUACAAAAGGUAGAUGCGGAUACUCUCUCACUGCGCUGGGCCUGGAGCCGACUCAAUUCGACGGCUCUGGAACGGUUUAAUACGGUGUGGGAUUCGGUGCGACAGCCAGCUAUUUCUAGGGCAGGGGAACGAGAGCCUCCCUUGAGAAUGGCAGAAGGGGAUGCCCGGGCGAUGAAGAAGGCCGGCUUUAUUCAAACCGCAUCAAAGCUAUCCACUACUGGAUGGAUUGUGCCUUUUACGGUAGUGGAGGAAAAACAGUCGGGGCCACGGCGACGUUUCAUGGCAUGGCCACAAGCUAAAAAUGAACAAGAGGACUACGAGGCCAUGGUUCCUCUAGGGCGCAUUUCCCGUUACCUGGGUGCGGUGUGCAAUGAGGCUGCCGCCUUUUUCGAUCUCAAGGCAUCCUUUUUCCAGGCAGGUUUGCCAGCCGAAAGACGCAGAAAUUUCCGUUGCCGCACGGAGAAGGGGGAGCUGGUCGAGUUCACACGGCCUCCAAUGGGGUAUAAAUGUAGUCCGGAAAUCGCGCACGCGAUCUCAAGAAAAUUGGCGGGUGACCCCGAGGUGGCCAAACCACGUUAUGCAGCCCCGGCGGAGUUAACUCUAUACGUGCGGAUUGAUAAUAUUCGUAUCGGAGGGCCACGCAAGAGCGUAAAGUCGUGGGGGAACAGUAUUAUGACAGAUGCGCGCUAUUGCGGUGCAACGGUGGGAGAGCACAAGGCCCCCACCGCGCGUUAUGAAUUCAUAGGGGUUUGUUUCAACCACACUGCGAAGACGGUUUCCCUCAGUGACAAGACGUUACGGAAAUUGAAGAGUGCCACACCCCUCCAUAAGAUGUUGGUUGGGGAAUUGCAAAGCUUCACUUCACGCAUGAUGUAUGCGGUGGGGGUUCGUUUUUUCAGCAUUAUUUCUUUUUGA